GCUUGUCUAGGUAAUAUAUACGAUACAAAAUGGACGAUAGCGAAAGAGCUAUGGAAAUAGAUGCGCUCUCCGCCAUAUUUAUGGAAGGCGAAGAGUUGCAAAUUAUCAACGAAAAUGAAAUUGUGAUUACUUGUGACCCAAGAGGGCAUGAUGAGUCACAUAGUUGCUCUAUGAUAAUCAAGUUUACGUUACCGGAUGGCUACCCAGGAGAGGAUUCUCCGCAAUAUAAGGUUAUAGACGCUGUCAGAGUUAGCGAUGAGGAUAUGGAAACUAUAGUAGGCAUCAUAGAAGAUGUAAUAGAGCAAAAUCGUGGGAUGCCGGUACUAUACACUAUUAUAGAAGCAGUCAACGAACACCUGGCAAUUUGCGCUCAAAGAUCGGAACAGAGUGAAGCCAACAGUGUUCAAACGGCCGAUGAUGACACAUCAGCUAAUGUAGACACCGGGUUACAGAUAAAGCAGCUAUGCCCCGAAACGGAGCGGGUAACUAAGGAAAUGUUUGAAGAAUGGAGUGCGAAGUUCAGAUUAGAGAUGAUCCAGAAAGGUGUGUGGCGUGAUAUCGACGCGGCAUCGAGCAAGGGUCAAAUGACAGGAAAGGAAAUAUUUGAAGCCAAACCUGAGAAUAUAGAUUUAGGUGAAAAUGGAAAUGUGUUCUGGAACAACGAGGCGCUCUAUGAGGAUGACAUUGAUGUAGAGGCACUGGAGUAAUGUAUUAGGUGGUGCAACUUU